AAUAGUAACCAAGAAAAGCUAAAGCUCACUGUUACCUGAGCUUCAAGAAAUGACCGCCGGGGAAGAAAAGGCCGAGUUUUUACCGGAGUCCAAACUACCCAGUAACGAGAACAGUCCACUGCUGCACAACCCGGAUGAGGAAAUCGCCGGCGGGUCGUUUUCCGGCGCGGUGUUCAACCUGUCGACGACGAUCAUUGGCGCCGGGAUUAUGGCGCUGCCGGCGACGAUGAAGGUGUUGGGACUCGGAGUUGGGAUAGGGAUGAUUGUCUUGGUUGCGGUUUUGACGAAGGCUGCCGUGGAGAUGUUGCUGAGGUUUAGUAGGGCCGGCAAUGCGGCGUCGUAUGGUGGUGUUAUGGGGGAUGCUUUUGGGAUAGGUGGCAGGGUUGUGUUUCAGUUGUCUAUCUUGGUCAACAAUCUUGGGACUCUCAUUGUGUAUAUGAUCAUACUUGGUGAUGUGCUGUCUGGAACUGCUUCAAGUGAAGUUCACCAUACUGGAGUAUUGGAAGGGUGGUUUGGUGAAAAAUGGUGGAAUGGCCGUCUUUUUGUUCUGUUUGUUACAACGAUUUUCGUGUUUUCUCCGUUGGUAUCCCUGAAACGAAUAGAUUCAUUGAGAUACUCAUCUACUUUAGCAGUUGGGCUGGCAGGCGUUUUUCUAGUUAUUACUGCAGGAAUCACAGUUGUUAAAAUCUCCCAUGGAGAUAUUUCCAUGCCCAGAUUGCUUCCUGUGUUGACCGAUCUUACGUCAGUGUGGAAUCUCUUCACAGUUGUUCCUGUUCUUGUGACAGCCUUCAUCUGCCACUUCAAUGUGCAUACAAUCCACAAUGAGCUUAGGAAGCCUAGCAUGAUUCAGCCAGUUGUGCAGACAUCAUUAGUAUUGUGCUCUUCUGUCUACAUACUGACCAGCAUUUUCAGUAUCCUCCUAUUUGGGGACUCAAUUCUUGAUGAUGUGUUAGCCAACUUUGACACUGACCUUGGCAUCCCUUACAGCUCUAUGCUCAGUGAUAUUGUCCGGAUUAGCUACGCCCUGCACCUCAUGCUUGUUUUUCCUAUUAUCUUUCAUCCACUGCGAAUCAACUUUGAUGAUCUCUUCUUUCCUUCAUCUAGGCCUUUAGAUUUAGAUAAUCGUAGGUUUGCAUUAAUCACUUUCAGUCUCAUUUCUGUUAUCUUCUUGGGCGCAAACUUCAUUCCAAGCAUCUGGGAUGUUUUCCAGUUUACUGGAGCAACUGCCACAGUUUGCAUUGGAUUUAUCUUCCCUGCUGCCAUUGUUUUAAGGGACCGGAAUGGCAUAGCAACAUCAAAGGACAAGAUCUUAUCUGCUAUCAUGAUUGGUCUUGCUGUGUUCUCAAAUUUGAUAGCAAUAUACUGUGAUGCCGCAGCUUUGUUCAGAAGAAGCUAGCCCCUCCUAUGUGGAUUCUUUUGUUAGAUGAACAAACUAUAUGUGUGAUAUGGCAAUUUGAAGACCAGAAAACCGCUGAAGUUUCCAGGAAAUAUGACUAGUUUGGUAUUGUUGUGACUUAAAAAAAAA